AAAAAAGGAACGCAGUAGCACGAUCCUCCUACUUCAGAAGAACUGCCAGGGCACGAUCUCCACACUGGAGGUAACUGCAACAACCACCUCGGGUACAAAUGGAUCACCAAACGAAAGAGGAACAACAAGGAAAAGAAAGAAACAAAGAAGAGCAGAGCAAAAUCAAAUCAAAAAGGAGGAGAAAAUUGAAAUCGUAUCGGCAGAGAAAGAGAACUCUUACGGGUGGAACUGGUUGGUAUGAUUCACGCCUUAAGACUGACUUGAGAACGUACGCAAGAGUCACACUUUGUGAUUUAGGCUUAGAGGGAAGAUUGACUAUUAGACUUAUUCGGCUGAGGUUGGAACAAAGCCAAACAAAUUCGGCUGAUAUGGAACGAAACCAAAUACAAAUUCGCCUGAGGGUGGAACUGCUAAUCGACUGAGAUUAAUAUAACGAGGACGAAGAUCAAUUGAGGAAACAACCAAUGAGAUACUCGCAACAAGUACAAAGUUCAGCC